AUGAAGUUGCGCGUGUCGCAGUCACCAACUCCCCAGAUGGUUAUUACUAUGCUCCACGGUUCCAGUACAUACUCACUUCUCGCGUCCAAGAAACGAAACUCUAAUGUUGUUGGGCAGUACAUCAAAAAUGGCAUUCCCUUCCGCAUGCGGAACCCUGCGGACCCAAGCCAACCGCAAGUUAUUCUUCCGUUCAAGUACCUGAGCGAGAUGAAGAAUGCGGCGGAGAGCAGCUGGAGCUUCAUGCAUUUCUCAAAUCAAUCGUUCCUGCUGGAAUACAUCAACGCACCCCUGGGGUCGUCAAUAGCGCAUCAGGUAGUGCGUGGAGAACUGAACAAGAAUUUAGAUUGGACUGCACUUCAACCAUAUAUGCUUUUUGCCAACACAAUCGCCCGUACCACAUCGUUGGUGCUCGCGGGUCCCGAGCUGAGCGCAAAUCCAGAGUGGACAACCAUCAUGGUCACAUUUACCAUGACUCUGAUGCAGACUUCUCAAGAAGUACGAGCGAAAUAUUCACCUUGGCUGCGGUGGCUGGUUCCGUGGAUCCAUCCCGGAGCCAAAAACCUUUACAAGAUUCGCAAGCGCUGUGCUCAACUCCUUGCCCCCAGCUACCAAAACCGACGAGCGGGCAUGGUUGGCGACGAGAAGCCAUUCAUGGAUGCUAUUCAAUGGCUCAUGAACAAAAGGACGUACAAGAGUAAAGAUCUGAUGAAGCUGUCGGAUGAUCAGCUUUUUUUGUCAGUGGCGUCCAUUCAUUCGACUUCAGCAUCCACCCUGUCCACGCUAUAUGAUCUUUUGGAUAGACCCGAGUGUAUGGAUGGCAUUUUGCACGAGAUCCGCACAAUACGUGCGGAGAGCAAGUCUUCGGAUUGGACGAAGCAUGACCUAGACCGCCUCGUCAAGUUGGACAGUUUCAUGAAGGAGAGUCAGCGUUAUCAUCCUGUAGGGCAGGUGACGGUGCAACGCUCAAAUCCACGGGCCUAUGAAUUCUCCGACGGCCUCAAGAUUCCGGCAAACACACAAACCUGCUUCCUCAGCUACGAGCUCAACCACGAUCCCGAUGUGUACCCUGAUCCUGAAACUUUUGAUGCAGAUCGCUUUCUACGCAUGCGCGAAAAAGUGGAUCCUCAAAAGUAUCACUUUGCUUACGUAUCUGAGGACUCGAUUAACUUUGGUGCAGGUGCUCACUCUUGUCCGGGGAGACACUUUGCCGCAAAUGAAAUUAAGCUCAUGCUCUGCGAACUGCUUCUGGGGUACGAGAUGAAGUGGCCCGACGGACAGAGCCGACCGCCGACAAUGUUUCAUGACUUUUCGUCUAAUCCGAAUCCGGGGUUUGACAUAUGUAUUCGAGAAAGGAGGUUAUAG